AUGCCAGGAAUGAGUUUGAAGUUAGUAUUAGUGUGGUUUGGUGUGGUAGUAGGCAAUAGUGAUAGCAAUCCUAAUACUAAUUUAGAUGCAAUACAGGACAGGCUAAAUGGCUUAUUCAGAAGCAGCUUAAUUAACUAUAUACUUGAAGACCAUUUAUGGACAGAAAUAGGUAGUUUUGAUAUAUCUGGCCUAAAUAACCCCAAUACCGAAAUGCCAGAAUUCCAAUCACGGUUGAAGAUGAAAAGAAUGGCUUAUUGUUUGGAACGACUGGAUAUAUUUCGACCUCUUUUAAAUGAUCAAUUAGUAGAAUGUCCUAAUCCAGAUGGCUCCUCCGACUGGAUUCUUAAGUUGAGUUCAGUAGAAGAUCGAAGGCAAAUACUAGAAAACAGGCGGAUAGAGGCGCCAGUAGACUAUUUGGAUGAAUUGCAAGAAACACCAACCCAAUGUGAAGUCAUCGAUAAAGAUACAGACGAUAUACCAAUGAUAGAUGCGGGCGCCUGUUAUAUUCACCCAACCAAUACUAACCCAACUAAUACUAACCCAACUCUCAACUCAACUAGUACUAAGCCAAAUGAGGAAUCGAUAACCUACAAACAGUGCCUAGAAGCUUUACAGCCCUUGAAAAAGAUCACCAGUCCGGCUGGGAUACUGAUUUUCGGAAAGACAUUGGAAAAUGAAAUACUAGACCAACUUGAGCUGUUAUUGUAUAUACUGCGGAUUGCGGAUAGUCCUAUAAUCAGAAUAGGAUGGAUUGACACGAGUAAAACCAGAUUUGAUAUGAAAUCAAUAGAUAGAUUUAGAUCUCUGUUAGAAGACGUCCCAAAGAAGAAGCGACAAUGUCCAAUUGAGUUGGAUCUUACUAGUUUAGAUAAUCGUGUGUUUUGGCGUGCUUUCUUUAAGUUGAUCCGUGAACAUUACGAUAUUAAAUUGGGGUAUGUGGAUGCUUGA